UAUAAAUCUAAACCCCACCCUAUAGCGUGCCCGCGCAGGCGUGGCUCUAGCUCUCGUCCCCGUCAUUUCUUUCCUUUGCCUCCUCGUGCGCGUUCUUGUGUGCUUCAUUGUAUGCUAGUGGGUAUCGUAACCGUUGCAACGCCACAUAAAUUACAGGUAUGGCUGCAAUCAGGAAGAAGCUGGUGAUUGUUGGGGAUGGUGCAUGUGGCAAGACCUGCCUGCUGAUUGUCUUCAGUAAAGACCAGUUCCCUGAGGUCUAUGUGCCCACUGUCUUUGAAAACUAUGUAGCCGACAUUGAGGUUGACAGCAAACAGGUGGAGCUAGCACUGUGGGACACAGCUGGUCAAGAAGAUUAUGACAGGCUCCGCCCCCUCUCAUACCCAGACACUGAUGUCAUCCUCAUGUGUUUCUCCAUUGACAGCCCUGACAGCUUAGAGAACAUCCCAGAGAAGUGGACACCUGAGGUCAAGCACUUCUGCCCCAAUGUUCCCAUUAUCCUUGUGGGCAACAAGAAAGACUUGCGUAAUGAUGAACACACGCGACGUGAGCUUGCCAAAAUGAAACAGGAGCCAGUGAAGCCAGAAGAAGGGCGGGACAUGGCCAACCGUAUCAGUGCUUUUGGCUACAUGGAGUGCUCAGCAAAGACAAAGGAUGGCGUGAGGGAAGUUUUUGAGAUGGCUACCAGAGCAGCGCUACAGGCAAGAAGGGGAAAGAAGAGCAACAAAUGCCUUCUCUUGUAAGCUGCAUAAAGACUGGAAGCAGGGCCUGGUGUCCUGUUAAGGGGAUGGAUGACAGGAGAACAUUAUGUAAACUCCAGUGGGCCUCCCCAUUCAAGGACUGACUAAUGGGGCAUGUGCUUCUUUUUUUAUCUUUUUUUUUUUAGUCUUGGAAACAUUUUGGUAUUUAAAAUGGGAAGCAAAAUGGAGAACAAAGACAGUUUUUUUUUUUUAACGUAACCUGUGAGUAGUUCUCACCUCUCCUGCUUGCCUCCCCAUACGCUGUCAUGUGACCUGCGGAGGUGGUCAGUUGGUGGGGGAAGGGAGUACCCUGUGCCACUGCUUAACCUUUCAGUCUUGUGCACAUGUGCAGGAUUUGAACAGUCUGUUGCCUAACUGCUUAACUUGUAGUUCUUGUAUAAAUAAUUUUUUUAAAGUUUUUUGAAAAAAUAAAGAAGUUGGAACUAAACUGAUAGGAAAAACAUGCUGUAUACAGACAAAUGUUUAUAUAAAUAUUAAAGUUGCAUAUAUGCAUAUGAACGUAUAGGGGCAUAACUGGAAACUGUGUUUGUAAAAAAAUAGACCUGGUCACGUUUGUGUAAUAAAUGCAUUUAUAUAACAAGGCUUGCCAGUUGGAGUGUAAUGAAGAAAUGAAGGGAUCGCUCAAGUGUUUAGAUUAGUAUACCAAUAUUGGAGGGGGGAAGGCCAUCUGUCUACUCAUAGAUUUCACUCCUGUAAUCCCUAUGUCUAACUGGUGCUCAGACACAUGUGCUAUUCAACAAGAGACAGGCUUACGAAGUGUUUAUGUAACAGGCGGCAAAAAAUAUAUUUGUCAGGAGUUUGUGGACCUGCCCCCUUGCAUCCUUAAAGAGGUUAAAAUUCUACUUUGACAGGUACACAAAAUUGUAUAUUAUAUGUGAUACAUGCAAUGCAUUAAACUGUUUAUAAGUUCCUAA